AUGACGAAGAUCAUCCGUUCGAUAUGGAUAGACGAAAGGAUACCUGACUCCUUUCGUUUUGGAGGAGAAGAGGAUUAUCCCGGACAGGUUAUUCAAACAUGGGAAGAAACCACACGAGACGAGCAAGCUAGUUGUCGUUCUGGCCGAUCUACUAUUGACUGGGUGCUCAUCAUCGGGAAAUUGAUUGAAAUGUGUCAGCGGUACUCAAACAAAGUUAAAGCCAACGCAAUUGGUUUUCUUGGGCUUUUAGUCGCUUUCGACUCUAUAAAAUAUUAA